AUGAAUUUCAUUGUCUCUUUAUUUUUCUUCAUUAUAUUUUCAUUUGCCCAUGAAACAAAACCAAUUCUUCUUGUUUUACAAUUUCAAAAACAAAUUGAUUCAUUUUCACAAUUGAUUUCUAUGUUAAAGAAUGAAGGAAAAUUAGUUGAAACAGUGGAUAUGGAUACUCCUAUUGUAUUUGAAUCAUAUGGUGAAUUUAAUUAUGAAACUGUUUAUAUAUUAGCUCCAAAAUAUAAUUUUGUCCAUAUAAAAAAACAAACAUUAAAAUCAUUCAUUGCUAAAGGAGGUAGUGUAUUUAUGGCAUAUUCUCCUGUUUAUACUAAAGAAACUAAAUCAUUCCUUGAAUUAUUUAAAGUAAAAUUAUCACCAUCAACUAAUAUUAUUGAAAAUAAUAUAUCAACUAUUUCUAAUUCUCUUUUCCCAAUGACUACUAUUUAUUAUCGUGGAAUUAGUUUUACAUUACCUGAUUCAAAUGCAUUUGUACCAUUAUUAAAGUCAACAUCAAAUGAUAUUCUUUCUUUUACUUUUCAAAGUUUAACAAAUGGAAGAUUAGCAAUACUUGGAAGUAUUGAUAUGUUAAAUAAUAAUUAUUUUGAAAAAAAUAAACAAUUUAUUCAACCUCUUCUUCAAUGGUCAAUGAAUAUUCAUGGUAAAUUACAACUUAAAAAUAUUCAAAUUAUUAAAAUUGAUGGUGUACCUGAUAUUGAAAAUGAAGGUAUGUUUUUCACUAAUGAUACUGUUACUGUUUCAUUUGAUAUUGAACAAACAAUGAAUGGAAUUGUUAGUGGAUAUAUUGCAGAUGAUGUUCAAGUUGAAUAUCGUUAUGUUACUCCUGUUAUUUUAGAUUUUGCACAAAACUUAAAGAAUGGUUCAUAUUCAUUUACUACUGUUCUUCCAGAUCAAUUUGGUGUUUAUACAAUUAAAAUAAAUUAUACACGUCCUUUACUUUCUUCUCUUCAUUUUGAAAAAGUUACACCAAUUAGACCAUGGAGACAUGACCAUGUUGCUCGUUUCCAAUAUCAAUGUUAUCCAUUUUAUCUUGCUUUCUUUGGCAUGUUAAUUUCUACACUGAUCUUUGUUUUCUUCUAUUUGAGUUACAAAGAACUUCCUAAAAAUAUCAAGACUGAUUAA